GCGCAUCUCCUUAUAUGGUCAAACGACACGCGGGGUGCUGGGGCGGGAGCGCCGCGCUCCGCUCCGCCCGCGGCGGAGGCGCAACCAGGAGCCGCCCGGGACCGCCGGCCCCACAGAGCCGGCCUGCCGCGCGACUACAGGUGCCUCAGGAAGAUACAACUUAUUCAUUGUUGUAUCUCCAGCACUUUGCACCACAUCUUACAUGCAAUUCCAGCCCAAUUGAUGCUUCUUGAGUGAAUGAGUAAAAAGGCUGCUGAACAGCCAAGUGCCAAAAUGACUGAGCGCUUUGACUGCCACCAUUGCCAAGAGUCUCUCUUUGGCAAGAAGUACAUCCUGAGGGAGGAGAGCCCCUACUGCGUGCCGUGCUUUGAGGACCUGUAUGCCAGCACCUGCGAGGAGUGUGGGAAGCCCAUCGGCUGUGACUGCAAGGACUUGUCCUACAAGGACCGACACUGGCAUGAGGCCUGUUUCCACUGCUCGCAGUGCAAGAGCUCGCUGGUGGACAAGCCCUUCGCCGCCAAGGAGGACCAGCUGCUCUGCACGGACUGCUACUCCCAUGAGUACUCAUCCAAGUGCCAGGAAUGCAUGAAGACCAUCAUGCCAGGCACCCGCAAGAUGGAGUAUAAAGGCAGCAGCUGGCAUGAGACCUGCUUCGUCUGCCAUCGCUGCCAGCAGCCAAUCGGGACCAAGAGCUUCAUCCCUAAGGACAACCAGAAUUUCUGUGUGCCCUGCUAUGAGAAACAGUACGCCCUGCAGUGCGUCCAGUGUAAAAAGCCCAUCACCGCUGGGGGGGUCACCUACCGGGAGCAGCCCUGGCACCGGGAGUGCUUCGUGUGCACGGCCUGCAAACAACCACUGUCCGGGCAGCGAUUCACGUCCCGAGAGGAGCUAGCCUACUGCCUGAACUGCUUCUGCAACCUGUACGCCAAAAGGUGUGCUGGGUGCACACACCCCAUCAGUGGCCUCGGCGGCACCAAGUAUAUCUCUUUCGAGGAGCGUCAGUGGCACAAGCACUGCUUCAACUGCACCAAGUGCUCGCUGUCGCUGGUGGGGCGCGGUUUCCUCACGGAGCGGGGUGACAUCCUGUGCCCUGACUGCAGCGAGGACAUCUGAGGGCCCUGCGGCUGCUAGAUUCGCUUCCUCAGCGAGGCCUCAGCCUCCCCACGCCCUGGUGGAGGCUCCCCAGGGCUUCUCGAGGCGGGCUGGUUAGUGAAUGCACCCUUCCAGUCCCCUGCGCGAGUGCAGCCCUAGGGAAGGAGAAAACCCUCAUGUAACCCCAGCGGGGAAGGUAGUUUUGAAUUUUUGUAAUCAAGGCAGGCAAAUCCAAGGGUAAAAGCCCUUUUGAAUGAUAUCUUCAUAAAUAUACUUUCCCUCACAGCCUAUUUAAUUGUUCAAGGGAGUUAGCAUGUCACGAACUUCAAAGUGUUCCGAGCCACAUAAAGUAAUGAAGAGUUGGUAUUUACAGCUUUGUAACUUCCAGUCAUGUAAGGCCUCAAGCAAGAUUAUAUGGCUUAUAAUAAAGUUAUCCAGAACAAGC